AUGGACAAUACAGGUCCCUCCGGAACCAUUGACACGGACUCAUUCCAACGUGCAAUGCUGCUGUAUAGGAACACACCGGAUAGAGACACAAAGUUAUCUCCGGUGAUGUGCAUCUUUGGUCGUCCUAUUCGAGACUUCAUACCCAUAAUUCCGGGAAAUUAUAGACCUCAUGAAACGUGGCACAGCACAUGGAAGGCACGUGAUGAGGCCCUGCGGAACCGCCACAUGAGAUGUGCUGAGAGAUUAUCGGAGCAUACCAAACGGCUGCCACCACUAGUCGUCGGUGAUUAUGUGCGGAUUCAAAACCAAGUUGGACCGUAUGCACGCAAAUGGGAUAAAACUGGGAUAGUCAUCGAAGUUCGACAGUUCGACCAAUACGUGAUAACCGUUGACGGAUCGAGAAGAGUGACACUCUGGAAUAGAAAAUUCUUACGGAAGUAUGUCCCAGUGCAACUCCCUCCCUCAAAGCUGACAAUCGAUAAUGACAUUCGUAUACGUAAUGCGGCUCCUACUUUGACACCGACAAUUGUCUCGAAUGACGUCACAACAACAUCACCACAACUCACAGAACCCAAGAACCCCAUCGCUUCUGACCCUCCUGCCCAACCGGUGAUCUCACCAAAAGUAUCACAAACGCCGCGGAACGCGCCAACAGUGCUAGAAACCGCUCCACCUGACAGAGAAAAGCCGACCUUUGAUAGAGACUUGAGUUUUUAUACCACUGUACCGCCGUCCCGAGCAUCAAUGUCCAAUCUCUCUAGUCUAGAGACAACCCCAUCCUCCCCACGUAUGUUGAACACGCCAAGAAGAUCAGGCCGCGCUAAACACGCACCGAAGUGGUUCAAAGACUAUAUUAUGACAGUUCAGACUUCAUCUGACUUCUGA